GCAUCUCCGUUCUCUCUCAAGAGACCAAACCAGCCGAACCAACCAGCCAGAGCCAGCAGCAGCAGCAGCAGCAGCAGCAACCCCAGGCAGCCCGGCAGCCGCCGAACCAGCAGAAUCAGCAGGCUCGGCGGAGGUUCGGAGCGAGCGGGCCAACAGGGAGGCAGGCAGAGGCGAAUAAGUCCCAUCUGAUGUACUUAAUCGCUGCCGCGCUGGCCAUGCUGGGCGCUGCCUAUGCCUCCGUGCCCCUCUACCGCCUCUUCUGCCAGGCCACUGGGUUUGGAGGGACGACGCAGAGGAAAGAGACGGUGGAGGAGAAGGUGGCACGGCAGAAUGCACACAACACUGCAGCGCCUGCCAGGGAGCUGGUAAUUCAUUUCAAUGCUGACGUGGCAGAGGGGCUGCCGUGGCGCUUCAUCCCCACACAGAGAGAGGUUCGGGUGAGGCCCGGCCAGAGCACGCUCGCGUUCUACACAGCGCACAACAAGAGCGACAAGCCCAUCACAGGCGUCAGCACCUACAACGUGUCUCCCAUGAAGGCGGGCAUCUAUUUCAACAAGAUCCAGUGCUUCUGCUUCGAGGAGCAGCGCCUUCAGCCCGGAGAGACCAUCGACAUGCCUGUGAGUGGGAGAGACCAUUGA